AUGAAUUACGCGGAGGUAGUGGUGAAUGAUAGAGGCAGUCCUGGUCUGUCAGCCUCGUCCUCUCCUCUAAACUUGAGUACAGUCAGUGAUCAUACUCACUGUAUUGCCCUCAUCACGAUGCAAUUGCUCGUCCUCCUGCUAUCUCACUUGGAGAGAGAAAAAAACUGGGGAAGAAAAGCUCUCUUUGUUGAAGGAGGCGCUCAUUCAUCCACCAGCUCACACAGCUAAGGGGGGAAAUUAAGAGCCCGCACGCAACGUUAAUAAGAUUUGUUUUUAAAGCAGCCACUUUAAGGAUCAGACAGCGAAACCAAAGGAUUCCGCUCGGGAUGGAGCGAUCUGCUUUUUGCAAUCAACCCCUGGAGGUAUCUCGGUUGGCACAGACGUCCUCGACAUGAACUCAUCUGCGCCGCUGCCUCCGCUCGCUGCUGCAACUUCUAUCCGAGGAGCGAGGGGUGCGUGCACGGAUGUCGGAGGAUCGUCUCCCGAAAUAAAGUUGAGCAAAACCACGAAAUGAAGUUGGAGUAACGCACGAAAAAAAAGGACUCGUCACGAAGUCAUUGUCGCUGGCUGUCUGAUUUUUUUUCCUGAUCACUGAACUAGAAAGGUUUUUACGCAGCAAGACUGGAAGAGUUCACUUAUUCUUAAGAGCGCAUCCUUUGGUUCUCAUUGCAACAUCAGUCUGGAGAGAAUGAGGAGUCGCUGGGUGAAGCAUGAGCUGUCAGAGAAUCAGUCAUAAGCGGCUGUCUCUGCUAUGGGAGGGGGCGGCUCUCAGCCUCUGGCUCUGCUGCUGCUGCAGCUGGACCUCCAGGGCCGCCGCCGCCGCUGGAGCCGCGGCCGCUGGACAAAGCCCCGGCGCCCCCGGCUCCCUGGGCUGGCUGCUGUCCGAUAAAGGGCCCUUCCACCAGUCCCUGGAGUUCACGGAGGCAGCGGAGAGGUACCAACAGGGCUUCAGCACAAGAUACAAGAUCUAUAGGGAGUUCGGUCGAUGGAAGGUCAACAGCCUGGCAGCGGAGAAGCGGGACGGUUUGGGUGGCACCGGCGGUUUGGCUCUGCCCCUCGACCCCGACUUCAUGCACACCAUCCGCCUGCUAGGGAGGCGGCCAACCCUCCUCUCAAUUACAGAGAAUCUAAUAAAGAAGUACGGCACUCACCUCCUCGUCUCCGCCACCCUCGGAGGGGAGGAGUCUUUGACGAUAUUUGUAGACAAAAGGAAACUCAGCCAGGAGCCUUCACCCUCAGGGCCCGAAGGUGGCUGGAGCAGCAACAAGUACUCGAAUGCCACGGGGACAGUGACCCUGGAAGCCCUCCACCAGCUGGCUGCGUCCUACUUCACCGACAGAGAGAGCACCCUGCGCAGGCUACACCACCUCCAGAUCGCAUCCACCGCUAUUAGGGUGACCGAAACCAGAACUGGCCCCCUCGGAUGCAGCAACUAUGACAAUCUGGACACAGUGAGCUCCGUGCUGGUUCACAGUCCAGAAAACAAGGUUCAGCUACAAGGGCUGCAGGUCAUCCUACCAGGCUACUUACAGAGCCGCUUCAUUCAGGCAGCUCUCAACUACAUUGGCUGUAAAUCUGAAGGCCGCUUUGUUUGCCAGAGCAGUGACUGCUGGUGUGAGUGCAGCUUGGACUUCCCGCAAUGUAACUGUCCUCACUCUGACUUGGACACUCUGGGAAACAACAUGCUGCGCAUCAGAGACACCUGGAGGCAGACCAACCAGGAGUUCGAGGAAUCCGAGGAGUUCCAAAGCUUUGUUGGGAAACUGCCAACCCAUUAUGCUGUAAACACAUCUGUCGUGGAACACUUGUGGAGGACGGAUGGCAGCCUGCUCCAGCGCUACAGGCAGCUGGAGACCAGCAGCAGCCAGCUUUUCGCCAAAGCCCGCCGCACCACUAACAAGCUCUUCAGCCUUAGCAGGAGGUGUCGGAAAAAGCCGAAAGUAAUCCUGCUGAGGCCGAGGCCCCUGCACUUCUGGUUGAGCUACGCUCUCUCCAUUUUAUACUGCAGUGAGAACAACCAAGUUGGUGUUUACAGCGAUGAGAGCCGCAGCUGCGCCUGCCCUUACAGCCAUCCACCUUGCCAGGGCCUCAUUCCCUGCUCUGUGGGCGAUGGUCCCCGCUGUGCCUCUUGUUCCACAGAGAACCGGACUCGGUGCUCCAGCUGUAACCCCAGUUUCACCCUGACCCAGGGAGCCUGCAGGCCUGCUGUGCCAGACCCCACAGACCCCUACCUGGGCUUGGAGAGUGACAGAGAUCUGCAGGAUCUGGAGCUGCGCUACCUGCUCGAGCGGCGCGACCCACGCAUCACUCUGCAUGCUGUGUUUGUGAGCAACGACGUCCGCAUAAACACGUGGUUCGAUCCCUCCUGGAGGAAAAGAAUGCUGCUCACCCUCAAGAGCAACCGGGUGAAGUCCAACCGCGUGCACAUGCUCCUUGGUCUCUCCUUGCAGUUUUGCCUGACCAGAAACAGCACUCUGGAGCCAGCACUGUCACUGUUUGUGAAUCCCUUUGGAGGCAGCCAUUCGGAGAGCUGGACCAUGCCUAUAGGUCAGCACGGAUACCCAGACUGGGAGCGGACCAAGCUGGAUAUCCCCCUGGACUGCUACAACUGGACACUGAACCUCGGAAACAGAUGGAAGAGCUUUUUCGAGACCGUUCAUUUUUACCUGAGAAGUCACAUGAGGGACUCUGUUGGACUCACAGGAGGAAACAAGAACAUGACUCUGUUCUAUGAGCCUCUGGAGGCGACAGAGCCGUCCAACAACAUCGGCUACAUGAAGGUGAACAGCAUGCAGCUGUUUGGAUACAGCGUGCACUUUGACCCCGAGGCCAUCCAGGACUUGAUUCUGCAGAUAGACUACCCGUAUACUCAGGGAUCACAGGACUCGGCCCUGCUGCAGCUGGUGGAGCUGCGCUACAGGGUGAACCGGCUCUCGCCUCCGGGGGCUCCGCACGUGGAUCUGUUCGCCUGUUUGCUCCGGCACAGACUCAAACUGUCCAGCGCAGACGUGACCAGGAUACUCACUGCCCUGCAAGCUUUCAGUAGCAGGCAACCAAACUACAUGGAGUAUGAGGCAAAUAAACUGUGUAGCUAAUGGCCUCUGGUUGAUGUUUUGUACCGUUUCCUCGCCACAGACAUGGCCUGUAUCCUUUGUGAACUGGAUCAAUUUGUGUCAAGUGUGUGGUUCGUUGUUUAAGGCUGUGCUGUACAUACAAAGUGUGCAAUUAAAUUUGAUGUUUUUCUAUCA